AUUAUAAUUUUUAUACAUCAUAAUAUAGGAAAUAAAUAUGUUUACAAUGGAAACAAUGAUACUUUCAAAGUAUCACCCAAUCUACAAGAUAAAAUAUUCUACAUAAUCUUCUUACGUUGUCAUCUUCUUUAUUUAACAAGAUGAAAAAUGAAACUGGUGCUGAUUAAAUUGAGAGAAGCAUAUAAAGUAAAAUUCAAGGACAUGAGGUGUUAAAAUAGACGGCCGAAAAACUUUGUUCUGUAUAUAAGAGAAGAAAAUUUCCACCUGUUCACGAAAUUCAGCCGCAUAUGGAAAAUGCUCGAGCAGUCUGAAAUAUGAGAAACGCGGCGGAGCGCCACCAUCACCUUUGGUGUUUCCUCGUCACAUUCACUUUGUUCCCUCUGCUCACCGCCUCAAUCGAUCUCAUCACCCCCACAAAACCUUUGGCUCAAAAUAACACCCUAGUCUCCGCCGCCGCAGAAUUCGAGCUGGGCUUCUUCCCCGGCACACCAAACACCUGGUACGUCGGAAUCUGGUACAAAAACAUCCCAGAAAGAGUCGUCGUCUGGGUCGCCAACCGAGACUCCACUCUCACAAACUCCUCCGGAAUCCUCAAAAUCAGCCCCCUCGACGCCCGUCUCACUUUACAAGACCAUUCCGGAACAUCCCUGUGGUCGUCGCCCAACCACUCUGCUACCGGCGGUAGCCGAGUGGCGGAGCUGCUGGACAACGGCAACUUCGUCCUCCGCGAAGAAGAUGACGACGACCCGGAUAAUUAUUUAUGGCAGAGCUUCGACUAUCCGACAGACACGUUACUGCCGGGGAUGAAGCUUGGGUGGGACUCAAAAACAGGGCUCAAUCGAUUCAUAACGUCGUGGAAAUCCGCCGACGAUCCGUCCACGGGAGACUACAGUUUCAAGCUGGACAUCUACGGUUAUCCGGAAAUACAUUUGGCGAACAAGGAGAAGAUUUAUUACAGGAGCGGACCGUGGAACGGCCUCAGAUUUAGCGGCGUCCCGGAAAUGAAACCGACCAGCCAGCUUCUGUCCUUUGUUUUCGUUAGGAAUUCACAUCAAGUUUCAUAUUCUUUCAAUCUGCUUAACGAAUCAAUGUAUUCGAGAUUGGUGGUGAAGCACUCCGGCGCACUGCAGCGACUCAUCUGGAUUCCGUCGAGCAGAAUCUGGAAUCCGUUCUGGUACGCUCCGAAAGACCAGUGCGACGUCUACAGAGAAUGUGGGGUUUAUGGAAUCUGCGACGCGAAUGCUUCGCCGGUUUGCAAGUGUAUGAAGGCGUUCGAGCCCAAGGAUCCGCAGGCGUGGAGUCUCCGGGAUGGAUCGGAUGGUUGCGUGCGGGUCGUUGAAUUGGACUGCGGAACAGACGGCUUCUUAGCGAUGAGCAGCGUGAAGCUGCCGGAGAGCGGGGCGGCGUAUGUGUAUGCGGAGAUGAGCUUGGAUCAGUGCCGGGAUAUGUGCCGGAGGAACUGUUCGUGCCGGGGUUAUUCGAGCGCGAAUAUCAGCGACGGAAGCGGAUGCGUUGUUUGGGCGGAGGAUCUAUAUGAUAUGAGGCAGUACGCGGCGUCGGAAGGCGGAGGGCAGGAUUUCUAUUACCGGGUGCCGGCGGCGGAAUUAGCACCAGCAGCUUCAGGAGCUGGAGAUGACUCUAACAAGACUAGACAAACCAUCAUGAUUGCUGGGAUUGUUAUUGGAAGCGCCGCAAUGCUCCUUGGGCUCGCUAUUUUCCUUGCAUCGAAGAAACGGAAAUCAGAGACUGUAAAUAUAGUAGAGCGUAGAGGUUCAAGGGAAAGAAGCCAAGACUAUCUCUUGAAUGCACCAACAAUUCCAAGCAAACGAGACCAGUCGGGCGAAACAGCAGUAGACGAUAUAGAGCUGCCUCUGUUCGACAUCACUACAUUAUCCAUUGCCACCAACAAGUUCUCUGAUGAGAAGAAGCUAGGCCAAGGUGGUUUCGGCAUUGUUUACAAGGGUGUGCUAGCAGAAGGUCAGGAAAUAGCUGUGAAGCGGCUGUCCAAGACUUCUGUUCAGGGAGUAGAUGAGUUCAAGAAUGAGAUGAAGCUGAUAGCUAGACUUCAGCAUAGAAAUCUUGUUCGUCUACUCGGAUGCUGUGUUGAGAUGGAGGAGAAGAUGCUGGUAUAUGAGUACAUGGAAAAUAAGAGCCUCGAUUCAAUUCUCUUCAAGAAAAACAAAAGCUCUAUGCUUGACUGGCAAACGCGUUUCAAGAUCAUAAGUGGGAUCGCACGAGGCCUCCUCUAUCUACACCAAGAUUCAAGAUUCAGAAUCAUCCACAGGGAUCUCAAGGCCAGCAACAUUCUCCUUGAUAAAGACAUGGAGCCUAAGAUAUCGGAUUUUGGCAUGGCAAGAAUCUUUGGAGGAGAUCAAACUGAAGCCAACACAAAGAAAGUUGUUGGAACAUAUGGCUACAUGUCACCCGAAUAUGCAAUGGACGGCCUCUUCUCCAUAAAAUCCGAUGUUUUCAGCUUCGGAGUUCUGGUUCUGGAGAUAGUGAGCGGGAUGAAGAACAGAGGAUUCUAUCAAACAAAUAACCAUCUCAAUCUUCUUGCCUAUGCGUGGAAAUUAUACAGGGAAGGGAGGGCGCUGGAGCUGGUGGACUCAGCGGCAGGCGAAGAAUAUGUGGCAGGUGAAGUACUGAGAUGCAUACAAGUGGGGCUAUUGUGCGUGCAGGAGCAGGCCGAAGACAGGCCCAACAUGUCGAACGUGGUGCUCAUGUUAAGCAGCGAUUUCGUGUCGAUGCAACAGCCUAAGCAUCCAGGAUACUGCUUGGGAAGGCGCCCUACUGAAACUGAUCCAUCUUUACUGAGAAUGGACGACGAAUCAUGCACCGUCAACCAAGUUACUGUUACCAUGCUUGAUGGUCGAUAUUUUAGGCCAUCAUUCAAAAAGAAUCAUCAUUUUGGGAAAACAAUACUUCGUGUGGCUCAGCACUUAACAACAUUUCUGCUUAAUACUUGUCUUGUGAUAUUUAUUCAUUCUUUCGACGAUAUAAUAUACAAUUUCAAAGUUGAAAAGUUCCCUUUCACAUCGACUCACCGCGGCAGGCGACGGCGACGGCAUUUUCCCGCCAAUUGUAAAGCCGAGAGGAUGAAACUUGAUACUACUACUCUGUUUCAUACAGUCUCCUUCCUCGUUCUCCUCUUCAAAUCCUCCAUCGCCAUCGACUCCAUAGCUCCGAAUCAGACCCUCCUUGAUAACAACAACAACAACACAAGUCUUGUUUCUCCCAACGGAAACUUCGUGCUUGGAUUCUUCAGCCCCCAGAAUUCCACCAACCGAUACAUCGGAAUCUGGUUCAACAAAGUCUCCAUUCAAACCGUAGUCUGGGUCGCCAACAAGAACCGCCCGAUUUCAGACUCAUCAGGCGCACUCUCCGUCACGCCGGCCGGAAACAUCGUCAUCACCAGCAACCAGUCAUCUAUAAUUUGGUCCGCAAACUCCACUUCCAGCAACCCUGUUUUGAGACUUUUAGACAACGGAAACCUCGUACUCGAUCACGAAGGAAGCAGCGGCAGUUAUUUGUGGCAGAGUUUCGACUAUCCGUGUGACACUCUGAUUCCCGGCAUGAGACUCGGGUGGGACCUGAGAAGAAAUCAAGAACUGUAUCUAACGUCGCGGAAAAGCAUGGAUAAUCCUUCUCCAGGCGAAUACACGUACAGGAUGAAUCCCAAGGGCUUGCCUUCGAUAAUCCUACGGCGAGGAUCGACCAUCGUAUUCAGAAGCGGCCCUUGGGACGGGGUUCGCUUCGGCGGCAGCCCUGCUCUCCACGGGAACUCGGUUUUCACCCCAAUUUUCGUAUUCAACUCUACCUACGUUUAUUACGAAUUCGAAAACACGGACGACUCCGUCAUUUCGAGGCUUGUGGUGAGCGAAUCAGGCGCUCUGGCGCACUUCCGGUGGAGCGAGGCAAGCAAUGAUUGGAUCAGCAUCGCCCCGUUGAUAGGCGACCUCUGCGAUGAAUACGACAAGUGCGGCAGCUUCGGCGUCUGCGAAUUUGGCAGAGCGCCGUUAUGCGACUGCUUGGCGGGGUUCGUGCCUCGGGUUGGGGAGGAGUGGGCGCGGUUUGAUUGGGCGGGCGGGUGCAGCAGGAGAGCCCCGCUGAACUGUAGCACGGCCGCAGGGUUCAGGAGGUUUUCGAGGGUGAAAGUGCCGGACACGUCAGCUAGCUUUGUGGAUGCGAAUGCGAGGAAUGAGAAGGAGUGCGAGGCGGCGUGUUUGAGGGACUGUUCGUGUGUGGCGUAUGCUCGGACGGAGGCCACCGGGUGCGUUGUAUGGUCGGGGGAGUUGUUGGAUAUCAGAGUGUAUGAAGAUGUUGGGCAAGAACUCUUUGUCAAGAUGCCUCUUUCUGAACUAGGCUCGAGAAAAUCGAAGAGAAUAGCUGUGAUUGUAUCGGUAAUGGCGGCUGCAUUCGUAGUGGUGUUGACCCUCGUCAUUUGGUUGGUUAUCCGUAAGCGGGUCGCCAAGAAGAAAGCAGCACAGCAACAACAUGAUUUUCCAAUCCAAAGUGAGAAUGCAUGCAUAAGUGAUGAAGAUGUUGCUUUACCAAUGAUUGACUUUCUUACCAUAUCAACGGCCACAAAUGAGUUCUCCUUUUCAAGUAAGAUUGGCGAAGGUGGUUUUGGCCCUGUUUACAAGGGCGUCCUAUCAAAUGGCAAAGAGAUAGCAGUUAAAAGACUCUCUCAAGAUUCUGGACAAGGCCUCCAUGAAUUCAAGAACGAGGUGAUCUUAAUUGCUAAAUUGCAACACAGGAACCUGGUUAGGCUUUUGGGAUGUUGCAUUCAUCAAAAUGAGAGAAUGUUGGUUUACGAGUAUAUGCCCAACAAGAGUUUGGACUUCUUCAUAUUUGAUCAAACAAAAGAUACAUCUUUAGAGUGGCGAACGCGUUAUGAUAUAAUAGUAGGCAUUGCCCGCGGACUUGUGUAUCUCCAUCGCGAUUCAAGAUUGCGAAUAAUUCAUAGGGAUCUAAAAGCUAGCAAUAUUCUCCUUGACAAUGAAAUGAAUCCCAAAAUCUCAGACUUUGGGCUGGCAAGAAUGUUAGGGGCCGAUCAAUAUCAAGAAAAAACAAAGAGAGUCAUGGGUACAUAUGGCUACAUGGCCCCAGAAUAUGCAGUAGACGGCUUCUUCUCAGUGAAGUCGGACGUCUUCAGCUUUGGAGUGUUGGUGUUAGAGAUAAUAAGUGGCAAGAAAAACAGAGGAUUCUAUCACCCUGAUCACGACCUCAAUCUCUUAGGACAUGCAUGGAAAUUAUGGACAGAAGGAAAUCCUAAGGAUUUUGUGGAUGCAUCCAUUCUAAAUAGAGAAUCUUUGGCAGUGGUAAGAUGCAUCCAAGUUGGAUUACUAUGCGCGCAACAAAGGCCUGAAGACAGACCUACAAUGUCAAACGUUGUUGUAAUGUUGGACGGUGAGUAUCCAAUAUUAGAUCAACCUAAACAACCAGGUUUCUACACCCAACGAACAAUGAUCGACACUGACUCCUCCUCCACUGGGAAAAUGCCUAACACUUCCAAUGAAAUUACGGUUACAUUGCUCCAUGGUCGAUAGAUUCUUUUAAUGGGAGGGGCAAGAUUGUAUUCGAGAUUAAAUUUGUAGUGUGUUUGGUUCAUGAGAUUCAUCCCCACAACUCAAUCCUAGAUGGAUAAUCAUGGGAUAAUUAGUCAUACCUAAUCUCGUAUGACUAAAAUAAUCUCAUAACUCAAUCCUAUAUUGUACCUUGGUAUAAUUUUAUCUUGGAAACCGAACGCCACCUUUAUGUAUAGUAUAAUGUGUGCUAUUAAUUAAA